AGUGCAAAGUUCACUGUCACGUUGACAGUGGAAGGAUUAAGAGCUUAUUGGUGUGUGUAUUUGGGAGGAUCUGUUUUCCCUCUAAUAUCGAAACUGAAGGGUCCUGGGGACGUUUGUGUAGGGAGCAGUUUAGAUUUGCCUGUAACAACCCCUCUGCUAAGAAAUACCCGCUAAGAGCAGCUGCUGCAAUCCACACAAUUGGCUCAGGGGAUGGUCUCCACGAGUUGGUUGAGAUUAAUCAAGCUACUCGGACCAAAAAGAAGAUAGCAGGCAUCUGUAUGACCUAACCAGGAAGUGUAACAAUCUAGUCAAGAAACCAAAACACCAAAAGAUCAAGAUAAUGGCAGAAAACGGAGACCAGGAUCCUCAUCAGACCGACCUGGCCCAAGAAUUGAUGAGAAGAAAGGAGGAGAGGACUCCCCAGGUCCAAGAAGGUGAAAAUGUAUUGAGGUCCCACCAAGAAAAGAUGGUUGAAGAUUCUGGUUCUGUCCAACUGAAAACCUCCUCAGAAAUAGAAACGUUAGGUCCGCAAGAGACAAACUGUGUGUCUGGAAGCCCCUCCGCAGUAAAUGAAGAGGAUUCUUCAGAGGGAAGGCCAGUGAGUUCUGAUGGAAUUUCUCUGAAAACAUACACUAAGGAGUCUCCAGGCCUUCUGAACCUUAACCCAAUGAGUUUACCAGACUAUUCCCUGUACAAAGACACGGUAUCUUCCUUCGCUGAAAGGAAAACACAUUCAGUGCCAGUUGCUCUGGAGGAGAAAAUCAUAGGGGAACCCCCAACAGAAGAGAACAGUGUACCCACCCCUGCAGGAGAGCCACAAGAUCCCGUAAUCCAAGAAACCACACUUUCAUCUGCAGACUUCCUGGAAUCUUCCUCAAACAAGGAAGGAGAGAGACCCCAAGACACUGCGAGGAAGAGACACUCAACUGAAGUGGUGAAGUCAGAGGCUGAAACCCAUCCACAAGAGACAGAGACCAGGCAGGAAGCAACACCAGAGAAGGAGAAGCCCUUUUUAGGCAAUGGUCUUGCCUCUCCUGCAGCUUCACUGGGAGUCCUGGUACUUGUAGUUUGUCUCGGCAUGUUUUGCAAUGGCUACUAUACUUCCCAGCCCUACCCUGUGCCAAAAAAUCCAGCCUUGGAGGCCUUCUUGUCUGGGUUUAACCAGCUGAAGGACAGAUUUCCGGGCCAAAGCUCCUACCUGUGGGUUAGAGGGCAAAAAUUAUUGCAGAGGCAUCUCAACGCUUCCAGUCAUACCGAGCCAGCUAUUUUAAUCUUUACUGCUGCCCGUGAAGGUGAAGAAACCUUAAAGUGCCUGAGCAACUGUAUUGCAGAUGCCUACUCCACCUCACUCCGUGCCAGCAUGAUCCAGAUUGACGGAGCUGGUAAAGCCACGCUCAGCAGCGACAAAGCUAAAUUGGAGGUGGAUUAUGAGCUGAGCAUCAGCUUUGAGGAGGGCAAGAGGGCUGCAGUGGUGCACCGGUUUGAGUCGCUGCCGGCUGGCUCCACCUUGAUCUUUUACAAGUACUGCGACCAUGAGAGCGCAGCCUUCAAAGAUGUGGCGCUGCUCUUAACGGUCCUGCUGGAGGAAGAGAAGCUGGAGGCUAAUAUGAACCUACAGCAGGUUGAGGAAAAAGUCCGUGAUUUCCUCUGGGCCAAAUUCACCAAUGCCAACACUCCCAGCUCCUACAACCACAUGGACACCGACAAGCUGAGUGGGUUGUGGAGCCGCAUCUCCCACUUGGUCCUGCCCGUCCAUCCAGUAAAAGCCAUAGAGAACAAUGGCUGUUCUUUCCAAACCAAACCAUAGAGGUGAAUGAAAUCAGCUUCCACAAUAGCCAAAGCCUUUGUGUCGAGGAGGCAAGUCAUUACUAAGUCAGGGAUCUGGAGCCAUUAAUGAACAAUGAGCUCACUUUAUAAUAGCAUGACACUGUCACAUCUAUUUUUACCUCUUGGGAAGAUUUUAUAAUUUUCAAAGUGAGAUCCAAUGACGCAGGCGUUAACUGGCUAAGCCAUCUCAGCCAGUCAUGUUGGAUAUACACUAGAAUGGUGCUUCCCAUUUGUGGAGUAAUAGAUGGGAAGAGCUAGCGCUUUAAACUGCUAACUGCACAGCUAGAAGAUUAUGGCCAAUGGGGGGAAUAGACAGGGAGGGGAGUGGUUAUUGAAGGGACAACAUCACCUUGAAAAGCAGAUUCUUCCUGGAAACGAUUUGACCUACUAUAGAUACAUGUAACACAGGAGGUUACUAUAAUGGACAGAAGCAACUAGGUUAAAAUAUUUAUCUCCCCCCACCCCCGUGCCCUAUUUGUUUACAUUUGAUAGCAGUUUGCAAAAGGUGAUUUCAUUGUUUCCUUUGCAGCGUCAGUUUCUUUCUCCCUGACUGAAAGAAACGGGGGAGCAGAACACCCCAGUUAAAAAUACUUCAGAGAUAUUUUAAAAAGAAAAUUAGGAUAUACUGGCCAGAGCCUCAACUGUUGUCAGCACAGCUCCCUGAGGAUCUGGUUCACUGUAUAUAGGGUGUUCAAUCUAAUAUGAAACCCUUGUAUAUGGAAAGGUGCCAAGUCUCCUAGCUGCUGUGCAUCUCAAGAUCCUUAGAUUUGUGUGACGAUGCUGCAUUUCAAGUGACACUAUUUGGUAAUGGUUAAAGGAGAGGCCACUCUGAAAGUGGGAGAAGGAGAAGAAGGAAAAGUAGCAGGUAGGGAACACAGGUAGAGAAGGGAGCAGGGGAGUAGUAAUGGGAGGGAAAAGAUUGAUAAAAUAUUGAUCCAUAUUAUCUAAGAAGGGAACCUGUCGGAUCAAAUCUGCCCCCAAACUGUAUCAGACAAAACCUAAAACCAAACUAGAUUUUUCCAGGAUUUUUUAAAAAUGCCAGUGGAAGGCCUUUCUGAACCACAAAUAACCCUGUGUAGUAUUUGCAAACCAAGGGCCAGAUUCCGGAUCCUCUUGCUCAUGUUAAAUAGAACGAAAUGUCCCAUUGGUGCAGUUUGGCGAUGGAGAUGACUUUGCCAGCUUUUCACAAGCAGAGAGUUCCACAGGCCAUCUCCAUCCUGUUAGCCCACUUUGCACUGGUUACAUGGUGCACAGGGGACUUAUCACACUGGAGCAUCUGGCCCAUUGACUUCAGAGGGACCAUUUGAUGGAAUAAGGAACUAUUCAAGGUGAGUCAGAGCAUCCGAAUCCAGCCCACAUCAUUGUGUUUGUGCAAGAGAACCUGAAAACGAAACUAACUAGAAGAUGAUUUCAUUGUCCAAACUGAGAAAUGCAAGAAGGUAGUUAACUUGAUGGUGUUAAAACCAGAUUAGAUUUUUAAAAUUCAGUUAGAUUAUUUAAACUAGGAUGAUACUUAAAACACAGGUGAAGGAAGAUUGUUGCGUUGUUUUUUUUUAAAUGUUUAACUUGACAUAACCACUGUCAAGGCUGAAUCCCCACUCUGUCACUCCAAGUGCAGAAGGUGGGGGCCCGCAAGGAUUCUAAAAAUUAAUACUUGCCACAGUAGGCUUAUAUUAAACUCCCAAGGUUACAGCUUUUCUCUGACCUUGACUUGGUAAAUGCUGCCGCCACGCAAAUGCAAAAAUAAACUCCCUUGGACCCAGGAAGGAGCACUUGGGAAUUCCUCCCUGUGGGGUAUCCUCAAGCCCUUUCACCCCCCUCCCCCCAUCCGGGGAAGAGUUGAGAAAGAAAACAAAGGAAAUUAGCUGUUGCUACCAGCUAAUCAAACAGCAUAUGCACAAACCUCUUAGGUCAGCAAAAAUCCAAUCCAGUUCUUAAAAGUAAAUUUUAUUACAAACAAAAAGAAAGAAAAUACAUCAGGAACUUAGGCUUUUGCUAGAUUUUAAAAGAGAAAUUCCAAAAAUCAAGCACCCAAAAUAGCUUUCUUGGGGGUUCAGCUUAAAGGUUACAAGCAAACAAAAACAUCUGGAGUUAGCACAGAGGAAUCUACAAGCCAAUAAGAAAUUAAUCGCAUCUUUUUAGACAUUCCCUAAUUUUACUUACAUAUCAGAGGCUUCAGAUAAGUAGGUUGGAGGUAUGAAUUGAUAAUCUAUAAUCAUACCUGUCUUAAAGCUGUUUACAGCAUUGCUGCUCCAUGUCCCUGCAGCCCAGAGAACAACCGACAAAGGGAAAGUUUCUUUCCCAAUUUUAAAAAGUUUUAUCUUCCCAUUGGCUCUUUUGAUCAGGUGCCCACUCCUUUUCUUUUACCUGUGGGCUAGUUAACCCUUUACAGGUAAAGCAAGCAGAGAACAGACAAACACCAAGAGGAAUUUUACAGCUAACUGGCUGGCUGGGUGUCCAUAAGGGAGCUACCCUCCCCGCCCUUCAGUUAUGACACCUUAUGGACACUAAGCCAGCCAGUUAUCACAGCCCCUUUAAAAGAAAUUAGCUUUCAGGAGCAAGGCUGUAAUGGGCUCUUUGGAUCGCUGGUGGUGUCCCAGGCCACUCACACUCUGCUCUUUGGCAAAAUCUUUUCCUUCAUCCUUUAUCUGUACAGAGGGGACCUUCCCCCUGCUUCCUCCCAUACAGAAGGGGAAGUCGCAGCCACUACUGUAGCAGUGUAUUCCCAGAUCCUGUGGAGGUUCAGGGAAGAAGAAGGUGGAAGCUAGAUGGGGACAGGAGAAAUUUGGGAAGGGCUUUUCUCAGGGAGAUUUCCUCCCCCACCAGAGCCCUGGGAAGGGUGAUCGGCCAAUGGUUUGUAAUGUCACUGGUAACAGCAAAGGGACAUAAUAUCUUGUAAUUCACAGUUGCUUCCAGAUCUCUCUAUAAAUAGCUUUUAUGAUUAACUUUUAGUUCCCUCGACAUUUGUUAAUAGAGAUAUUUAUUUCAGCCCAUAUAGGACAUGUCACAAUAGGAUCUCUCUGCACGGGGAGAGGUCACCUUCUCACCAGCCCGUGGGAGCAGCCACUCAGAGUAAUAGGAGUGCUUCAUAUGGCUGCGGAACUGAUUGCAUUGAUGGCUGGUAACAAGCUAAUACUUUAUUCACUGUUUGAAAGCUUAUGAAUCCCCAGCUUGGUGCACACCAAUGCAUUAUUGCACAUCAUCGUCUGUCCAUAACAUAGGGAGAGCUUGAGCCACUUUGGACAUGUUAUGUCCAUAGGUACUGAUGCAUUCUGGAAAGAGUCUAGAGAACAGCUACUAAACUCAUGCUGGAGGGGACUCAGGGUACUAGGCUAAAGCUCUUAAGGCCCCAAUCCUGCAAUGAGAUCUCUGCAGGCAGACUCCCCUGCACCUGUGUGGGUUCAGAGAGUCUGAAUGCACAGAUCACAUUGCAAGAUCAGGGCCCAAGUCUCUUCUGGUUGGAAAAGAAGAGGCUGUGGCAAGGAGUGGAGCUUACUUCCAAGUAUAACUGCCCAAAUGGAAGACGCGUUGUGAUGGGCACAAUCUAUAUGGGGGCUGAAGAACAGAGCAUUCAAGGUGAACUGCCCAAAACAGGCCUCACAAAGACACAGGCUAUAUCUGAAUUAAGUAACAACAGGACAAUGCUUGGACGCUCUAAGAUGGGUAACUUUGUAAAACACCCUCUAAUGACUGUACACCAGUGCUGCCUGUGCCACACACCCGUGGUGCCUUGCUGAACCAUUCCAAAGGAAGACUUAGCUGACUCACAGUAUUCACUCAUUUCACUGCAGCCCCAGGGGUGCAGCCCCAUCUGCAUUUCCAAGUCUCAGGACUGAGACAGUGAAUUUUUGGGGGGUGGGGGGAAGAGCACAUGUCCUGAUUUUGCAUGUCUGCUUUUAUCCUUGCAAACAGAAUGCAUUGGAUGUGGCUUUUCAGCACAACUGGCCAUUUCAACACAUGGCUUGGGACUGUUGUUCAUUUUUCCAAAGUAGUUGGCAUUUUAUAUGUGAUCCAGUUCUUGUAUUGAAAAGCAUGUGGUUUUCUCUCCCCUGCAGAAUGGAAAUAGGUUUUACAAUAGAAGGUGGGCUAGUGUUCUGAAGUGUUCCUUGGGAUGCAAUCAUCAUCCUAACACUCGGCUAUCCAGGUUUUAAGGAGAACAAUGAAUAACUGUGGCUGUAAAAAUUCUCUCUAUGCUGACACUCAGCAAACCAAGGGGUCCAGUCCAAGGAACAUUUUUGUACAAAAUCUGGGGUAGUGGGAACUCGGAUGCUUUUUAUUUUUAAUCAAAGAAGUGCUCAACAAGGAAGCACUUUUUUGUUUUUCUGCGUGGCUUGGGAUUUAUUGUUUGCUUUGACUUAAUAAUCGGCAAGAGAGCAAUCUAUGGUGCAAGUUCAAUGAUUUGAAAAAAUAUUAACAUCUAAAAGUCAAGUGCCACUCACAGACAAUUUUAUGUAUUCAGUUUCUACUGCGUUGUCUUCUGUGCAAUGGAAAGGAAUGAUUCUCAGGCACAUAAGGCCCUGUGGACAAUGUGGCCCAUGAGCAUGAACCAGUCGAGUUGUUGCAGUGCAGAGAGAUUUUAUGCUUUUUUAAAGAAAAACUUCCUUGUGCUUCUUAAAGUAGUUUUUUAAAAAAAUAAAUCAUAAGGUUAUAAAAGAAACCAACAAAGACUUAAAUGUUGGACUGAAGCCCUUGUCUUUUUAUAAAUUGUUCAUAUAUUUCUAGUGAGUUUUAGUGCACAUACAUGACAAUCUGUUGUAUAGGACAGAGCCAUACGUAGAGGUCAGGACAGGUCCUACGCUAACAUAGCCCAUCUCAAAGCUUGAUCCAAAGCUUAGUGAAGAUAGAGUGUCUUUCUGUUCUGAUUAACUCUGGAUCAGCCUCUAACUGCAACGGAGUGUGGGUAGACCAUUGUGCUUAUGUGAAGUUCCAUUGAGUCACUGGGAUUCCAUGUGGGUGGAUGGGGAAGGCUAGUGUAUUGCUUCCCUGCAACACCUGCCCGCAGAUAUUGCAUGCUUAACGCACUCUGCCCUGUCUUUUUCUGUCACACUGGUGGCAGCAGUCAGCAUUAACUCUAUAUUUUGGGGCUUGGCUUCUGGCCCAGUCUUAACAAACUAUACAAUUGAAGCUUAUGCUUUUGUAUUCCAUGGAUUCCAAAGAAUAUGCUCUUUUCAUUCAGAUGGUCAAUUACCAAAUGUAAACCUCAGUCAUUUACUCUGGUCUUCUGAUGUGUGAUGGAGGAUUCAGUAAUACCCCCACCAGAGAGAGAAAUCUGGAGAUAAGACAGACAGAUGGCUGAAGAGGAAUACCUGGGACCCCAUCCAGUGCUGAUUUAAGGCAAUCAUGGGCUUUCCACUGGACUUCUAUGGCUUUGGAGCAGGCAGUUGCUGAACCCAGCAAUCCUGUGCAACACUAAGUUAGCUUGUAUUUGAAAGCCAGUGGAAACAGGGUGACUGAAGCAGCUUUAUCAGCAACCAUGGAGGGGCUCCAAGAUAGUCGUCUUUGAGCUUGCAUGCACUAGUGUUUUUGAACUCCUGUUUUCAGAAAGUGUACACAUCAGUUGGACUCUCUCAUGCUGUUAAUAAUACUAUCACGGACCUGAACCUCUGUUCCAAUAAAAGUGUUGAAAUGUGAAUGGCGUCUAUUGUCGAACAGAAACAUUCAAGGCAGGGCAGGUGACAUUGGAAGAUUCUAUAUAGACUUGUGAGAUUUCAGAGCUGUGGAACCUGUCUGAACUUUUAGGGCCAGAUUCAGGGAAAGAUAACGGGCUGACUAGGUUUUCACCGGGUGUAAGUCAACAUUGCUCCAUGACUUCAAUGGCACUACACAGAUUUACUCUACCUGAUGGUCUUGCUCAUUGUCUUUUAUGUUUUGAACAUAUUCAGGAAAAAAACAAACCAUCAUCAACCAAGUGUUCUCUGAUUAUUUUUAAAGACAGAUUUAAAAGGUUUUGCAGGACUAUGAUCAUGAAAGCAAGAGACAUCGAGCGCUAACUAGAACAAAGUACGUUCUUAUGCAAGCUUCCUCUGCAUAACAAGUAUAGAUAUCUAGACACUUUGAAAUUAAGAAUAAUUUAUUUUUAAUCAGAUUCUGAAAACAAUUAUGGGAUGAUAGAGUUGUCUAUUAGAACAGAACAUUGGGAGCCCAGAGACCCGAGUUCUACUCUCAGUUCUGUCACUGAUUAACUGUAGCCUUGGGCAUGUCACCUUACCUGUCUUUGGCUCAGUUUCCCUAUCCAUAAAAUGGGGAUAAUUACGUUGAUAGAUUGUUUGGAGCAAAUUGAGUGAAAGGCAUUAUACACUGUAAGUGCCAGGUAUCACUCAUAUAGAACUCGAUCCAAACUCACUGCAGUCAAUGGAAUGAUUCCCAUCAGUUUCAAUGGGUUUUGUAUCAGGUCCAUGGCCAUUUCAGAACACGACUUUUCAAUAUUUACAAAGCAACAGACUUGUAUGACUAUCAAGCAAUGUGUGCGUCCAUAAUCUUGUUUAAAUCUGUAAACAUUGAAAAUAAGAACCUCCUCCUUCUAGGAGCUGCCCUCACAUUGUGUCAAUGCGUCUGGUAAUUCACGUGCUAUAUUCCUUGGACCGAAGUCCUUAUGAGUAAGGUCAAACCUGCAAUUGGUGGGGUCACGCAGAGAGGUUCCCUUGGACACUUGACUCUCAUUCAUGGAGUAUGGAUGGAUAAGCCCCUACGUUUUCAGUUUGAACAGAUUUUUACCAAAAAACCCUGGGUUUUACAAAAAGUAUUAUUUGUUUUUUUCACCGAUUUCACCCUACUUUUGUGUCAUUCAAAUAUAUUAAAAAAUAACUCAUUCUAUUAGGAAAAUACAAUACAAUGCAUGAUAUACAUGUAUUACAAUAAUACAUUAGUCUGUGUAUAUAUGCAAAGCUGCCUUUUGAAGUAAGGCGAUAUAUUAGUCUAGAAGAGAAACACACUAAACAGGCACGCACGCAAGCUCUAAAGUGCAUGCGCAUCUGAACGUUCUGGUGAAUCUCACACCCACCAUGUACACAUUUCAAGCAGUUAGCAGAUAACGGUUUAAAGAUUUGACACACUAAAAUCGGAAGAAAAUGAAAAUCUGUCAGAAUACAUUUCAGAACACAAGGAAGUAUUUGAAAGUU